AAAUAAGCUUGUGCCAAAUGCGAGAAACAAUUAAUUUUUAAACGUAGCUCAGAAACGAAAUUUAGUUUCGAAAAUGAAGAUAAUAAUUUUUUUGCUUUGCGCUCUCGUCUUCAAAGAGACUACAGCUGGUGAUGACGCGGCAUCAAGUAUUAGAAAAUUACAGAAUAAACUACGUUCUGCUGACGUUUUUAGAAGUUUCAUACCGAACACGAAUUUUUUCCCCGAAUUAGACACAGCCAUUUUCCUACUAGCUGACGUGGAACAUUCAAAGCCGCUUCAAGCACUUUUGCAUCGAGUUGAAAAAGCAAUGAAAGAAUUAAAUAGUAGAUUCCAGGAAAUCAAGACACCAAUAUUGGAAGACAUUUCAGAAACGAUUUCCAAGAGUUGCUUAAAAAAUGACUGUGAUAAUACGUUAAUCGAACGUAAAUUUAAGUUGACAUAUGUAUCCAAAAAAAUCUCUUUGAUGACCUCGGCGGCGGAUGCAUUUAAAAAGAAUGUUGAAAAUUGUGAAUUAAAAUUGGUCAAUAAAAUGCUGAAUGGAACUUUACCACAAAUUACAAGUAAAAUUCAAACUUUAUUGAUUCGCGUGGAAAAAAAUGUUGCUGUCAACAAAUCUGAAGUUGAAAAAAAUAUUAUUGAUCCAUUGAAUACGCCAGUUGACACUCGUCUUGGUAAUCAACUCUCAAAAUGCAUCUACGAUCACUUCAACGAUUACAUGAAAGAUCGAAAAGAAGCGCAUAAGCAAAUCGUAAGAUCGGGAAAUGCUGAUAGCAAUAAAAAGCAAAAAAAAGAACACAUAAAUGACGUGAUGUUAAAUAAUUAGCAAUCUUCUCCAUAGCGUAUGAGCAGAGCUGUUGCUGGCAUCAUGGAGGCGCUUUUAUUCUAUCAUUUCUCUCAAUUUUUCAAACAUUUCCAGAUAUUACUCAAUUUUGGUUAUAUGCAGCUGUUAUAUAUCGAAAUGAAUAAAAUCUGUUGAUAAAUUUGCUCGCAAUAUG